AUGUCUUGCUGUGGUGGAAACUGUGGUUGCGGAUCUGGCUGCAAGUGCGGCAACGGUUGCGGAGGUUGCAAAAUGUACCCAGACUUGGGUUUCUCCGGUGAGACCACCACCACCGAGACUCUUGUCCUCGGCGUUGCUCCGGCGAUGAACUCCCAGUACGAGGCUUCCGGCGAGACCUUCGUGGCCGAGAAUGAUGCCUGCAAAUGCGGAUCUGACUGCAAGUGCGACCCUUGCACCUGCAAAUGA